ACAGGAAUACCCCGUAUAUGUAUGUACAUUUAAAAGUAAUCUGACAGCAUUUACCACCUUAUAAUCAGCUGAGCGCCAGCUGCACCGCCCGCUCUGUUAUAUCAGAGCAAACAACUGGGGAAGCAUGCAAAACUGCAGGCGCUGCGUCAGCCUACUAGGCGUUGUGCGGCAUCAACGCUGCCUGCGUCCAUGCUUUUCGAUUGCAUCAGACUUGCGACGUCUGCACAGGGCGGCCCUUCAAUUCUCACGAAAAAAGCCAGAGACAAAUGUUUCCGCGCUGUUCAAGCCGGUACAGGUGCAAGCUAAUGCUGACUCCGAGGACGUGGGCUCCGAGCUUGUGGGCAAACUGGAAAAGGCUGAGCUGCUAAAGAUCCUCAACAAGUUUACCCAACGCCGCGAAAUCAAGUCUCUUUGCAGCGAAAACGGGCUAGACGCCUACUUACAGCAGCAGGCCUUUGGCUCAUUCCGAAGAUACUGCAUAGAGGCGGAGAACCUUCCAGUGGACCUGCACAUAACGUUUAGCGAUAUCACGCAGGGAGCGGGACACAUAGAUGACAUCUUCCCGUACUUCCUGCGUCAUGCGAAGACAGUGUUUCCGCAUCUAGAAUGCAUGGACGACCUGAAGAAGAUCUCCGACCUGAGACAGCCCGCCAACUGGUACAGCAACGCUCGCGCCAUCACCCGGAAGAUUGUGUUUCACGCGGGACCAACGAACUCUGGGAAGACUUACCACGCCAUGGAGAGGUACCUAAGUGCAAAGUCCGGGGUAUACUGUGGACCACUAAAGCUCUUAGCCACGGAGGUGUACAACAAGGCUAAUGAGCGCGGCACCCCCUGCGACUUGGUGACCGGCGAGGAGCGCAAGUUUGGCAUCAGCGAAAGUUCGCCAGCCAGCCAUGUUGCGUGCACUGUGGAAAUGACAUCGGUCAACACUCCAUACGAGGUGGCUGUAAUAGACGAAAUACAGCAAAUCCGCGACCCUCAGCGAGGAUGGGCUUGGACGCGAGCUUUUCUCGGCCUGAUCGCGGAUGAAGUGCACGUUUGUGGAGAGCCAGGUGCAUUGGAUCUUUUGCAGAAGAUAUGCGAAACCACCGGCGAAACAGUUGAAGUACGGCACUACAAUCGACUCACGCAACUAACUGUCGAAAGCACUGCUCUGGGCUCAUUGGACAAUGUUGUGGCCGGCGAUUGCAUCGUCUGCUUCAGCAAACACGAUAUAUAUACGGUUUCGCGUGAAAUUGAGGCACGAGGCAAAGAGGUAGCUGUAAUAUAUGGAGGCCUUCCUCCUGGUACAAAGCUUGCGCAAGCCGCCAAGUUUAAUGAUCCCGCCAAUAGCUGCAAAGUAAUGGUGGCGACAGACGCCAUCGGAAUGGGCCUAAACCUAAGCAUUCGUCGAAUUAUAUUUUAUUCCUUGAUCAAGCCAACGAUGAAUGAAAAAGGAGAGCGCGAGAUCGACACAAUAUCUGUUUCAUCAGCCCUUCAGAUAGCGGGCCGAGCGGGCCGGUACCGAACUCAGUGGGAACACGGCUUUGUAACUGCCUUUAAGUCCGAGGAUUUGCAGACCCUUCAGCGCAUACUAGCCCAGACUCCUGAGCCGUUGAAGCAGGCGGGCUUGCAUCCCACGGCCGAUCAGAUUGAGCUCUACGCGUACCACCUGCCAAGCUCGUCCUUAAGCAAUCUAAUGGACAUAUUUGUGAACCUGUGCACGGUUGACGAUUCUCUAUACUUUAUGUGCAACAUUGAGGACUUCAAGUUCUUGGCCGAGAUGAUUCAACAUGUACCACUGCCUUUACGGGCCCGCUACGUUUUUUGCUGUGCCCCAAUCAAUCGCAAAAUGCCAUUUGUUUGCUCCAUGUUUCUAAAGGUAGCUCGGCAAUAUAGCCGCAACGAGCCUAUUACUUUUGAUUUCAUAAAAAAAAAUUGUGGCUGGCCGUUCAAAUUACCAAAGACUAUAUUGGACUUGGUCCAUCUAGAGGCCGUAUUUGACGUGAUGGAUCUAUAUCUUUGGCUGAGCUAUCGGUUCAUCGAUCUUUUUCCUGAGGCAGCACACGUUCGGGAGGCCCAGAAGGAACUAGAUGAGAUUAUACAGCAGGGCGUGUUCCAAAUAACUCGCUUGCUUAAAAACACCGAAGCCAGCCAGGACGGAGAAACGCCAAACUACGCAAUGCGACGAGUGACCCACGUGAAGGAGCCUCGACUUCCCAGCUCAUCUCGUGGACGCCUUACAGAAAGGUUGCUUGCGCAAGGUCUCCUGACGCCAGGUAUGCUUAGUGAGCUUCGAAAGGAAUGGGGCGCCCAGCAAGUAGGCGAUUCAAGUCCCCUAGCUAAAGAAAUUACGGAACCAGCUGUGGACAGUGACGACGAAGAUAAUUACUCAGGGAGCGGUAGAAAGCUUAGAAAAAAACGAACAAAGUAAACGUCGACGAGGAUUAGCUGGUAGAGUAAGUCGCAACUUUGUAUAUUACGGGUUUUUAUAUAAUAUAGUUUUAUUUUAAGUGGCAAUUAAGUAAUAUUAAAAUUAUUCUUUUGAUAAUCAACAA